AUGCCUUUUGUUACCAAAGAUUUCUUUCCUUUGAAUAAUUUUUUCUAUCUUUUUAUCAUCUGCAUCAUAUUUUCUUCCUCUUUCCUUUUAUAUUUUAUUUCUAAAAGGUUUUUCUUUUUUACCUCAUUUUCUCUAUUUGCCUCUUGUUAUUUAUUUAUUUUUUACUCUCUCCUUUUCCCUCUUUUUCAAUUUUAUCUCAUUUCACUCAAUAUUGUCCUCUUUUUCUUUCAUCAGGUCCUUCACAAUCUAGUGUUUUGUUUCCCUGUCAACUCUUUCUUCUUUUCUCUCUCCUAUUUCCUUCUCUCCUUCCUACAUAUCUUCUUUUAUUUGUCAAUCUCCUUCUUUUUUAAUCAUCUUUAUCUUUUUCUAUUUUUCUUUCUUCUUUUCUUUUUUACAAUUCCUUUUCUAGCUUUCCUUUCAUUAUCAUUCUUUUCCUUCUUCUUUAUUCUUUUCAUUUGUAUUUUAUUUCUUCUUUUCUUUCUUCUUCUGUUUUAUUUCCUUUCUAUAUUUCUUCCCCAUCUUUCUUCUUCUCCUCUUCCAUCUUCUUUCUUCUUUUAUUGCUUCUUAUUCCAUCUUUUCCAUCUUCUUUCUUCUUUUUUUUAUAUUCUCCUCAUUCAGUCUUUUGUUCUUUUUAUCACUUCUAAUUUGCUUUUUCUUUACAUCUUUCUCAUUGGAAUUCAUAUUUGGAUUUUCUUUCUUUAUUUCUUCUUUAACCACCAUCUGUUUUUUUUUUUGUUACUCAUCAAAAAUGUUCUUUUUACUUAUCAUAAAGUCAUAAUUUCAGCAAGUUCGUGA